CUUCCUCCUCUGAGGCGCGCGGGGCUAGCGGUUGUAUCCGGGUUGGCUGAUGGGUCGGAGUUGGGAGUCUCGCUCGCUGUCUCGUUCGUGUUCACGCUUGCGCUCCCCCGGCUCCAGAAGCCGCAGGCGGCGACGGAGCAAAAGCCGGAGCCGGAGCCGGAGCCGGAGCCGGAGUCGGAGUCGCGAUGGACGGCGGCGACGCGAGAACAGCGAGUGGAGAAAGAGGCGGCGACGACGGAGCCGGAAGCGGAGAGCGGGAUCAGAUUCUGAGGAAGAGCGACAUAGGAGGAAAUCAAAGAAAUAUCAGACCUCUGAAAGGAACCAGAGAGGCCCAAGAAAGCCACAGCCCCAAUCUCGGGAGCCUUCCCAGUCAGAUUCUGGAAGUGAGCCACGGAGGGGCCACAGGAGCAGACACAGGAGGAGGCGUCAUGAUUCUAGAUCGUCCACCUCCUCAGCAUCUUCUAUAUCCCCUCCACCGCCCCGCUCUCAGAGCCCUCAAGAGGCCCUGGACAAGAAAUUGAGCCUCCAGGAGCGACGGAGGCUGAAGGAAGAGAAAAAGCAGCAGGAAGAGUUGAUGAAGGCCUUUGAGACACCAGAGGAGAAACGGGCCCGGAGACUGGCAAAGAAGGAGGCCAAAGAACGGAAAAAGAGAGAAAAAAUGGGCUGGGGUGAAGAGUAUAUGGGCUACACCAAUACUGAUAACCCCUUUGGAGACAAUAACCUGCUAGGAACAUUCAUAUGGAACAAGGCACUAGAGAAGAAGGGGAUCAGCCACCUGGAAGAGAAGGAGCUGAAGGAGAGAAACAAGAGAAUCCAGGAGGACAAUCGACUAGAAUUGCAGAAGGUGAAGCAGCUGCGCUUGGAGCGAGAGAGGGAGAAAGCCAUGCGGGAACAAGAGCUGGAGAUGCUGCAGAGGGAGAAGGAGGCGGAGCACUUCAAAACGUGGGAGGAACAGGAAGACAACUUCCACCUUCAGCAGGCCAAACUUCGUUCUAAAAUCCGCAUAAGGGAUGGACGUGCCAAGCCCAUCGACCUCCUAGCCAAGUAUAUCAGUGCAGAGGACGAUGACCUGGCUGUGGAGAUGCACGAGCCCUACACCUUCCUCAAUGGCCUCACAGUGUCAGACAUGGAAGACCUUCUGGAGGACAUACAGGUAUACAUGGAAUUGGAACAGGGCAAGAAUGUAGAUUUCUGGAGGGAUAUGACCAUCAUUACAGAGGAUGAGAUCUCCAAACUUCGCAAGCUUGAGGCAUCUGGAAAGGGGCCAGGAGAACGUCGAGAAGGAGUAAAUGCCUCUGUUAGUUCUGAUGUGCAGUCGGUAUUCAAAGGAAAGACCUACAAUCAACUCCAGGUGAUCUUCCAGGGCAUCGAGGGCAAGAUCCGGGCAGGGGGGCCCAACCUGGAUAUUGGCUACUGGGAGAGCCUGUUGCAGCAGCUCAAGGCGCACAUGGCCAGAGCCAGGCUCCGUGAGCGUCAUCAGGAUGUACUCCGGCAGAAACUGUACAAGCUCAAACAGGAGCAAGGCGUUGAGAGUGAACCGCUGUUCCCCAUCCUCAAGAAGGAGCCAUCAUCUCCUAGCGAAAGGUCAGAGCCUGAAGAACGGGAUCAGGCCCAACCAGGGCCUUCCACCUCAGGUGCCUCAGAGGAGCCAGAAGCGGAAGGAGAGGCCAGAGCCGAGGGCAAGGGGGAAGGGGAAGGCGAGGGCGAGGGGGAAGCUGUGCUAAUGGAGGAAGACUUGAUCCAGCAGAGCCUGGAUGACUAUGAUGCUGGCAAGUACAGCCCCAGGCUGCUCACUACCCAUGAGCUGCCCUUUGAUGCCCAUGUGGUGGAGUCAGAAGAGGAUCUUCAGCGCCUGUUGCUUUCUCGGCAACAGCUGCAGGUCACAGGAGAUGCCAGUGAGAGUGCAGAAGACAUCUUCUUCCGUCGGGCCAAGGAGGGCAUGGGGGCAGACGAGGCCCAGUUCAGUGUGGAAAUGCCCCUCACAGGCAAGGCAUAUCUGUGGGCGGACAAAUACCGGCCUCGAAAGCCUCGCUUCUUCAACCGUGUCCACACCGGCUUUGAAUGGAACAAGUACAAUCAGACCCACUACGACUUUGACAACCCCCCACCGAAGAUCGUGCAAGGCUACAAGUUUAACAUCUUUUACCCAGACCUGAUAGACAAGCGUUCCACACCGGAGUACUUCCUGGAGGCAUGCCAGGACAACAAGGACUUUGCUAUCCUGCGCUUCCACGCCGGACCCCCCUACGAGGACAUUGCCUUCAAGAUUGUCAACCGGGAGUGGGAGUAUUCGCAUCGACAUGGCUUCCGCUGUCAGUUUGCCAAUGGCAUCUUCCAGCUCUGGUUCCACUUUAAGCGUUACCGCUACCGGCGAUAGGGUUUGCUGUCCCCAAGCUGUGGUCUCUGAGAGAGGCCAGAGACAGACGGAUAGAUGGGCACAGCCUCCUUGGGGAUCCUCCCUGCAGAGUUGCCCCUUCAUGGCUGUUCUUCAGCCUCUUUUUGUUCCGAGGGUGGGGCGCAGGGGUGUAUGUUCUUUGCCCUGUGCUGCUUCCUUUUUGAAAUCCUCCUUUGUACCUAAGCCUGAUAUCAAAGUUUCUGCAGGACUACUUUCAGCUAAAUAAAAGCACUUUUGGAGUAAAGAUUCCAUGUGUUCCCUGUCCCCAGCACGUGUCAGAAUUUUGGUCUGCUGCACACAGGCUGCUGGUCACUCCCCUGCCACUAGGUGGCAGCUUCACUUCCCAGAUGGCUACAUCUGCUCCAUCAACACAGUUUUACUGAAGACCGUUUUUCUUCCCAGGCCUUUGCUGGCCUGAACUACGGGGGCUGCGGGGAAAGGGGAACACGUGAAAUGGCAGAGCAGGAAGGAUUUUAAGACACAGCGUCAGUGCUAAAAGAAAUCUCAGGCAAAACAGUGCCAGUGCCGGAAGAGAGCUCAGAGAGGACUUAAGCUUGGUCCACAGAUCCCCAAGGAGUCCCUGGAUAGAUUUCUGGGGGUCCAUGAGUUUGGAUGGGUUAGGGGGAAGUGUGACAUCUUUGUUUUCACUGACCUCUAACGGAAACUUAGUGUUUCCUUCAGUUAUUUAAAAACACCGUUCUGAGAAGGGUCCACAGGCUUCCCCAGAUCACCCAAGGAGCUGACACAAAAAAGUUAAGAAUCCGGGCCUAGAAGAUGUUCGGUCCAAUCUCCUUAUUUGACAGAUGGGGAAACUGAGGGGGCCCAAAUCAAACUGGUGUUGGAACAAGGACGAGAACCGAUAUUUCCAUUUCCCAGUCUUGUUCUUUUCACUGUGCCGUGCUUCUCCGUUUUUGUGGACCUUCGGAUCUAGUUACAGAACACAGGUGACACUGAAUAGCAAAAGACAUUUUAUCGUUUGGAUUUUAAGAGAGUUUGGGGAAAGCUUCCUGUAGAAGGUGGGAUUUUAGUUGAGCCUUAAAGGAAGCCGGAGAGAUCAGUAGUCAGAGGAAGGGGAGUGUUCCAGGCACAGGAGCCAGAAAAUGCCACGAGCCAAGAGAUGUUCUUGUUCUUGGAACAGCCAGGAAGCCAUCGUCCCUGGAUUGAAGAGUACGUAGUAGGGAGUAGGGUAGAAGAAAAGUGGAAAGGCAGGAGAGGACUGGGUUAUAAAGGGCUUUGAAUGUCAGAUAGAGCACAUACCUGGCAAAGGUUAUGGCUGUUGCAGAGAUGUCCUGGCUUCCCAAGUAGUGCUGGUCAUCUGGAAGUUUUGUUGCAGCUUGUACCACUUCUCGGGGAAGUAAGAGCUUCCGUUUACUCUGUACUGUGGUUUAGGAUGUUGUUUAAUUCCUUCCAGGCUUAUAAGGAGCCCCUUAACUUUGAUGAAUCAGGAUUUCUGGAGUGAAGCUCUGCCCACCCCAUCUAGACCAUUCAUCAUCAUCAUUAUCAUCAUAUUUAUUUAUUUUCAGACUGAAUCUCCCUAUCUAAGCCAGGCUGGAAGUGUAGCAGCCGCUCACAGACCCAGCACUAUUGGUAGUCACAGGAGAGUUGACCAUCAGUUCCAUUUCUGCCCUGGGCCAAUUCAGGCCCGAUCAGGUUAACUUGCACAGCUCAGAACAUCCAAGGUCAGCUCCCAGCCACAGCCUUCCCAGUAGCAAGAAUUACAGGCAUAUGCCAUCACACCCAGCAACUGCUCAUUUUAUGGACUUCAACCUUUACUAGAGACCUAAUCCUUGUAAGUAGGCCCAAGGGAGACCCUCGAUAAGUUGAUUAAGUGAGUGUCAGCUGACCUUGAGUCAUCAGCCAGGCUGACCAGGGACAACUGCUCUGAUUCUCUAGGGGAGGCAGGGUCUAGGUCAAUCUAAGGUUGGACUUUAAUUAGGCCAAUUUCCAGAGGGAGGCUUCUCUAAGGAAAAGUCAGCCGGGGUCCAGCUUUCAACUUUGUUAUCCCAUUCUGCUAUUUAUACCCAUCACUGAUGGAAAGUUUUGUCUUUAAUUGAAAAUCCAAGCUUGGCGGAAAGAACUAUCUUUAACUGAAACAUUUCUUAUACUUUAGGUUUUUUUAAUUUUUUAAAUUAAUUUUAUUAAUUGUCAUGUAAUUAAUUUUUUUUUUACUUUUUCCCCAC